AUGCUUUCUACGCUGUUUCUUUUAUUCGUAUUUGUGCCUUUUGUUGCGGCUGAUAAUUGGGAUGAUUUUACGAAUAAUCUUGCUACGGAUUUGGCACCGUUGAUUACUCUAUUCGGUGAACGACUUACGAAACAAUUCCUUUCCGAGUCGAUUAGUAUAUUAGACAAUGUCAUCUUCGCCCUUUCGCCGCUGGGAGUCUUGACUGCCGUGGUAUCAGUGAUCAGGAUCUGCGGCAGCUCAUCUCUUCGAGCUUUUGUGGGACGAGCACAGGAAGGUCCCGCCGAAGCGGAAUGUGAACUCCUCCCCUGCGUCUCGGAGUCGACCUCCGAGCUCUUCAACGAUGGCGGAAUCACACGAGUCUUUGGCCGGCCCAAGAUCGUGGAGAUAGUCGUUUGGGAAGACGGUGACCCUAAGCUUGGAGAGAAAAAGAUGAAGGUUGGCACAUUGAAGGAAGCUCUCGUGGAGAAGUCUUGGACUUGCGCAGGCAAACUUUCACCUAGUCAGCUUCCUGAGCUAGAUAUACCGAAUCUGUCGUUGAAUAAGGGCAUCAAGAGGAGAGACCAGUUUUGGUUUUAUUGCGCUGCUCUUCUUGGGACUGCAUUGCAAUUAGGGUCCAUUAUGUUCGCUGCACUCACGGUAUUCAUGUGGCCGGAAACCUUCCAGAAGGAUGAUAAACCGGUAGCAUCAUAUGCAUUCCCAUUCUAUGUUAUCGGGUCAACACUAUUGUUUAUUGGGAUGUUCUUCUGCGCCUUUAUUAUGGAGCGAUCAUCAAAGGAAUACUACUUGCAACCCAAAAAGCCAAGCAAAAUAUACUGGCUACAGCCUGGAAAACAGCACGCAGACGAUCAAGUCUUCAAGGCGUUUCUGACGACCAAAGAAUACGGAGGGCCCUCUGCGACCGAGAACCUUUCUUAUAUCAAGUCUGUCAGGGACUACAGGUUCCACAGGAAAUAUCUCCAAAUAUACUCAACUCUAGCAUCGACGCUUCUGGGGUUCAUAUUCCAGUUCGUUGGACUGAGAGGUCUCCACGCCUCCGUUAUCUUAGCCCAGCUAGGAUCGACGUUCUUGAUGGCCAUUGUACGAACAAUUCUCCGGACGGAGAGAAUGGCACCAGAAGAGAACGAAUUCCGAGACGAACAGAAACUCUUAUCGUCCACACAACAGGAGCUGGAUUGUUUUGCAUUCCAUCUUGAAAAUGUUGACUCGUUCCAUUUGCGCUUGCUUCCAGACAGACCGACAACACUAUCAUCACCCGGAUACGUCUCUCAUCCAAGUUUGUCCCUGGCAAAACAUUUGAUUCAUACGAGAGCUAGACUGGCGGAGCUCACGUCUAGCUCGAACCAGGGACUGACUGUUGCUUGGGAUGAUAUGCCUAUCCGCCAGGUCGCUCAGAAUCUCGCAAGGGCAAUCGAAAUGACAAUGGAUUUGAUGACUACGAGUUGGGAAAUCGAUCUAGGGAAGACGUUCAUCUUCAACCUUCUCGCCGAAUGCAGAACAUCAUCGCAGAGUUCUGACCCUGUGAUCGAGUCAUAUUGCACGAUUCUACUUCGAGGCAGUGAUACCCUGCGAUGGAGGAUUGAUGUAAAUGAACUUGAAGCCAUUCUGGGGCUGUGGGUUUGGUCAAUACAAAAGGCAAAUGACAACACCCCCGACUUCAAACUUCACCGUCUGGUCGGACUUGGAAAGGAUGAUGCACAGAAAGAAGAAACAGAUCUUUACUUCCAGAAGUGGAUAUUUCGUCAGACGGAGGCCACAAUGGUUAACUCCGGGAUGAUGGACUUUUCAUCUCAACUGUUCGGGUUUGCGUCAAGCAAGCAUAGCUAUGACACGGAUACUCUCGCAGUCAGAGUAGACAGCAAUCUGGAGAUGAUGGCCGCACAGGAUAUCUAUAUCCGAUUUUUGGGACAAGUCUUUGGUCAUUUCAAACAGCUUGGUGGGGAUGUCGAUAUCGUCCCUGGACCUAACUCCUCUUUCCUGGCUCAAAACAGUCGAAUCAACGAGUUAGUACAGUGUAUUGAGACCUGCGAUUUGGGCACACGCGAAGAAGCAUUGCUCUGCAUUGUUCCAACUUUGAAUAGUCGUGGUCUUCUGCCAGAGCUUGCCGGGGAUUCGAUCAAUGUUCGAAAGCGUACAACAGAAUACAUCGGCAAUGGAAAGUGGAAAGAUGCUCUGAACCUAGUGUCCUGGCUUUGCCAAAGAUCAAAUUCGAAUGAGUUUGAGCGGUCUGUUUACGAGCUUGGAUACCUUUGUUGCCAGGCUAUACUUGAAGGAGACGAGAAUGGCCGCCAUGAAGGGUCCAAACAUAUGUGCGAGCUGUUACGCUCUGACUUGAGGGCUCAGUUCUUCCAGUCCAAAGGAACCAGGCGUCCUGUUGGCUGGAUGAACUCCACAAACCACGAGGAGUGGUGGAAGUCUUUUUCUAAACAGCUUGGGUGGAUUGCAUGGCAUGCAUCCAGAAAUGUAUUAGCCUCAAACUGGAUGCAGCCAUAUUUCGAGGCUUUGGGUGCGUCUGAGCACUUGUCUCCUUCUUGUGGAGCUGGCCUACAGGAUAGCGAUACAGAAAGAAGCAUUCGCACUUUGCAACAAUGGUUAACUUAUACCACCAUGGAUAUUGAGAUUGAUCGGGAUGUUCCUGGAUACGACGAUGAGCUGGCGUUUAAAUGGGCCCUCUCCAACCAAAAUCAUGCUCUUCUGUACUGGUUCUUGGUUAAAUGGACAGAAAUGAGCAAGGAUCUCCCAUCCUUGGCCCACGCUGCUUAUUUGUUCGCCGCAAAGAACCAUUCUGAAUGGGCGAUUCAAGUUCUCUGCCGACGUGGUGCCGACAUCGAAGCAGAGAACUUCGAGCACCACUCGGUCAUGAUAAAACUCGUUCUUGAUCAGGACUUGACAGGUAUUCAAAUGAUGUUGGCAAAUGGAGCUUCUAUCAAUGGGAAGUCCAAAACAAACAAGAUGGGACCUUUAGAGGUCGCUGCUGAACAAGGACAUAAUGACACCAUCAGCCUUCUCCUGGACCAUGGAGCAGAGAUUGACUGCCUAGGAAAGGGAAAGUACUCAGCACUAUGGUGGGCGACUGUUGAGCAAAGACUAGAGACCGUUAGUCUUCUUCUUGGGCGUGGCGCCGACAUCAAUACGAUCGGUCUGGGGUACAUUUCGCCGCUUUACUCCGCAGUCCUCAACCAGCAUAUCCAGAUGGUGGACUUACUUAUACAAAAUGGGGCAAAGUUGAAUACCCAGAAUGAUCAAGGCCAAACCCCUGUGAUGUUAGCAUCAACUGAGCCGUCGAUCGAGAUUGUUCGCCUGUUAUUAGCGGCUGGGGCUGAUACAAAGCUUCAAGACUAUGGCGGACGCACUGCUCUGGAUUUAGCUCGUAUCCAUGGUUGUACGGAGGCUAUCGUUCUCUUAGAAGCAGCGAUGCAAAGCUAA